AAACGAUUAUUUAUAUAUAGGUAAUAAUUUUCUCUAUCAAAUUCUUAGGCUCCACAUAUUGAGUCCAGUUUGGUUAUCUAUCGUCCAUUCGCAGUCCCCCCGUUACUCGGGGUACCACCCAACCGCCACCACACUCAAACGUGGCCACCUCCCGUUGGCAUAUUCUCUCGUGUGACAGUUGCCGGAAAAUGACGUCGUUUGUCUCGUGCUGACCUGGGCUAUGUUUCGUCCACUCACAAGCUCUUGUACUUCGUGUUAGAUUCGCUUGCCAAUGCUGCUUCCUCCAGUCCAUCCUUCGCACCUACAAUCUUUUGUCCUCCUUUAUAAGCUCCCCCCCUGAACAAUUUCCUUUCGACACGCAUAAAAAGUUGCCCUGCUUUCUUCUCUUGCCUGAAAAAAGUUGCCGACAGAAGUCAGUCAAAGCUCGGAUUUUUCAGCAGUUGCGUGAAGAAGAAGAGGCAAUUGCCAAAAAACUGAUGUUUGCCAAAGAUGCAGGGUUUAGCAGAGAAGGAGAGGCAUGGACGGUUAAAUUUCUCUCCUAUGUUCAAAUUGCUAGAAUCAAUGUCGUUUUUGAUUCAAACCGCAGUUGAGUGGUAAAGAAGGUGGUGUAUCAAAGUCUCAGGUUGUUCGUCCAUGCGGUUUCAAGUUCGUUGAUUUAGGAAAAAAACAGAGGAAGCAAUGGAAAAGGAAGCAGAAAACGGAGAGAAGAGGAACCAGGUGUUGGGCAGGUACGAGAUGGGGCGAAUCCUUGGGAGAGGCACCUUCGCGAAGGUCUACCACGGCCGAGACCUCCGCAACGGCGAGAGCGUCGCCAUCAAGGUCAUCCAUAAGGACCAAAUCCGCCGUCAAGCCGGGAUGAUGGAACAUAUCAAGCGGGAGAUAUCGGUGAUGCGCCUCGUCCGCCACCCCAAUGUCGUGGAGCUCCGAGAGGUAAUGGCAACCAGGUCUCGCAUCUUCUUUGUCAUGGAGUACGUGCGUGGCGGCGAGCUCUUCGCGCGCGUCCUCCGCGGGCCGCUCCCGGAGAACAUGGCCCGCCGCUGCUUCCGCCAGCUCAUAUGCGCCGUCGAGUUCUGCCACAGCCUCGGCGUCUCCCACCGCGACCUCAAGCCGGAGAACCUCCUCCUCGAUAACAAUGGCGACCUCAAGGUCGCAGACUUCGGUCUCUCCGCACUCCCCGAACAGCGCCGCCACGACGGGCUUCUCCACACGCAGUGCGGCACCCCGAUGUACGUGGCUCCGGAGGUUCUCCGCAGCCAUGGGUACGAAGGCUCCAAGGCCGACGUCUGGUCCUGCGGCGUCAUCCUCUAUGUCCUCCUAGCCAGUUUCUUGCCCUUCCAAGAGGAGAAUUUGAUGCGGAUGUACUGCAAAGUGCUAAAGGCCGACUACCAAAUCCCGCAGUGGUUCUCCGGCGACGCACGCCGCCUCAUCUCCCUCCUCCUCGUCGCCAAUCCAGAGAAGCGCAUCUCCAUCCCGGCCAUCAAAAGCCAUCCUUGGUUCAAAAAGGAAGCCUUCCCUCAAGAACCUCGCAUCCCUCCUCCACCUACACCGGUAGAAGAAGAUGAGCCAAAGCCCGGAUCUCCGAAGUUCUACAACGCGUUCAAGCUCAUAUCCACCUUUUCCUCGGGCUUCAACCUGUCAAGCUUGUUCGAAAACCGGCGGCCGGCAGGGACGAUGUUCACAUCACGCUCGCCUACAGAUGCCAUCGUGGAGCGGCUGGACAGAGCAGGGCAGGAGCUAGGGUUCAACGUGUUCAUGGUGAAGCCAUACAAGGUUAAGAUGGAGAAGAAGAGCGGCAAUGAAUGGAUGGGGCAACUGGAACUGGUAGUCACGGCGGAGGUCUUCGAGGCGGCGGACGGGAUGGCGGUGGUAGAGUUCUCCAAGGAUUCAGGCCAAGCCUCUGACUUCGCCAAAUUUUGCGAGGAGAAGAUCCGCAUGCGGCUGAAGGACAUCGUGUGGGCGUGGCAGGGCGCCGCCGGCACCGAUGAUGGCGAAGAAUAACAGAAUCCUCACUCUUUGUUGUAUAUUCGUCUAAUUCUCUGUUUCCUCCUUUUUCAUGUGUAUUAUUCUACUUAUCGUAGCUAAGAUUAAACUUUUAUUAAAUACACG